AUGUCAGCCCCGUCCCGGGGGCCCCCGCCCGCGUCCCCGCCGCCCGCCGCCGGCCGAGCCCGGGUGAAGGAGCAGAUCCGGAUCAUCGUGGAGGACCUGGAACUGGUCCUGGGCGACCUGAAGGACGUGGCCAGAGAACUGAAGGAGGUCGUGGACCAGAUUGACACGUUGACCUCUGACCUGCAGCUGGAGGAGGAGAUGACGGACAGCUCCCGGACCGACACGCUCAACAGCAGCUCGAGCGGCACCACGGCCUCCAGCCUGGAGAAGACCAAGGAGCGCGCCAGGGCCCCGGCCCCGGCCUGCGCGGUGCUCACCGUGCUCCGGAAGCCCAACCCGCCGCCGCCGCCGCCCCGGCUCACGCCCGUGCGGGGCGCGCCGCCCGCAGGGGGCGACCCCGCCGCCCGCCCGGCCCGCCCCCGCGGCGCCCCGAACGGAGACGCGUGCGGCCUGCCCGGCGGGGCCGCCGACCCGGCGCCCGGCGCGGACCGGUGCCCGCAGGCCGCGCCGCGGGAGCGCGUGCGGUUCAGCGAGGACGUGCAGUACCACGGCUGCUGCCCGGGCUGCGACGCGCGGCGGACGCGGAGGGAGCGGGAGGGCCGCGCGCCGUGCGCCCCGACGCCGCUGCCGGCGCCGGGCAGGACGCCGCCGCCGUGCGCCCCCCGCGCGCCCCGCGCCCCGACGCCGCCCGGCAGGACGCCGCCGCCGGGCCCGAGCCUCCCCCGCCCUCCCGCCGCCCAGCCCCCGCCCUUCCCGCUGGAGAACGGCGGCCGCUUCCCCCCGCCGCGCCCCGCGGCCCUGCCUCCCCCCGCGCCCCCGCCGCACAAGACCAUCCUGAGAAAGUCCACGACCACCACCGUGUGA